GCACAUGAUACUUUUAAAUUUCAAGUUGGACAUACAGUACGUGGAAAAACACAUUUGUUUUAAAACUUUAAAAACAGCUACAAAAGUUUCAGAUCCCUUUCCCAAAUUUGGAAACUAAAGGUUCUACACGGACUUUCUUUUCGGAAAAACGGCCAUGAGUCUUGGAAACAAGAUUUUGUUGGUGUUAUGUUUUAUUAUGAUAGUCUCCGCAGAUCCGCAAAAAAUGCUAAACACUCUUCAUACAACGUAUGUGCAUAAAACAGCUAGGAUAAUGUCUUCAUUCCUGGAAUCUGUUGCAGCUGACAUUAAAGUUGGAAAGCAGAGAAAAUUUCUUGUUAACAGUUGUCAUGAUGAAUUUGUUAACUUAACGAAGGAACAAAUUGAUCCUAUACUUGCCACGAUGACCGCAUGUUACACCAACAAUACGAAUUCUGGGUCUGCAGAAAAAUGCUAUAAAAAAACCCAGGCAGAAUUAACAAAAAAGGCACUGGAUCUUCAUAAUAUUGUCAAGAAAUGUAUUCAAAUAAAGUGUGCGGCAAAGUACUUUCCCCGAAAAUGCAAACCUUAAUCUUUAAAACAAAAUGUAAUAGGUGGCGGCC